AAUGUUAAAAUAAAUACCAAAGUUGGCAUACAGUGGUACUACGAAGUACUACCGUCAAAUUUUCAUUCAUUUGUGAUAAAUUGAAAUAUCCACUAGAUAGUGUGAUCUAUUCUUCAAACUUUCUAAAUAUUACAUUUAACUAUUAUCUAAUAUACGGAACUCGUUUUGAACAAUACUAGGAAAAAUCUAAUAUAUAGUGAUGAAAGUUUGGAAAAUGUGUCCUAAAAGCCAGUGAACAAAUUAAUCUGAUUUUUUUAGUUGCUGUGAACUGUGAUUUAUCUUCUUUAUUAUCUGAAGACUAGAGUCAAACGCCAGGAGAAAAUGACACAACAUAUGAUCAUCCUACUACUGUCCUGUCUUCUCUGUACAUGCUCAUCGUUUCAGAUCCACAAACAGAUGAGUUUGGAAGAAAUCAAGCGUACAUUCCAUGUUGAUAACCAUGACCUUGUUCCAGAAUACGAAGUGGUUCCAAUACAAAAUAAUGAAAGUUGUUCGCUAGACGCUGAAGAAAAUUUAAUAGAGGAUGAUGAACUGGACUCAGUGACAAGCAAAAUUAAAAUAAAGAAGUCAGUUGACAAUGGUACAACAAAAAUGAAAUUAAGAGCUUUUGGCAAACCCUUCAAUCUUAGUCUGGUACCUACAAGAGGUUUAUUCAAGAAAGGAAAAUUAAAAUUGUGGACUAUCGAGCCUAAUGCGACUGCCCAACAUGGAGUGGAGUACGUUGAAAUACCAGAGACUGAUGAUAAUAUUGGAGAACUUUAUCAAGAUGAAGAGAAUGAAGCGGCCAUAUUAUUGAGAUCUGAAGAAGAUGGCAUAGUAGUGGAAGGAAGUAUUGGUUCCCAUUUAGUAAUUCGCCCUCUACCUACUCGCUUAAGAGGCUCUGUCAUCCGAUUGAAAAAUAACUUCAGCAAAGAAAAUGAUACAGACGAUUUAAUAAAUGAUGAUGAAAUGUUUCUUGAUCAAGAUGGUGAACUAAGUUCGGAAAUAGCAAUAGACACAGGUCUACCAAUAAAAAGAAACAAAAAUAUUAAUCAUCACAUAAUAUAUAAAAAGACACAAGAAGAACAAGAAAACUCUAUGAGCGAUUAUGCUUUUAUGGAACCAGAUCGUUUGACAAAAAGAUAUAAACGUAGCACAAAUAGAAAUAGAAAUAAAAGAGAAGCUCCAUAUACAAUUUAUCCUGAAAUUUUGGUUAUAGUAGACUAUGAUGGGUAUAGGUUACAUGGUGGAGAUAACUUACAAAUCAAAAGAUAUUUUGUGUCAUUUUGGAAUGGAGUAGAUUUGAGAUAUAAAUUAUUGAAGGGACCAAAAAUAAGGAUUUCAAUAGCUGGAAUAAUUAUUAGUAGGGGUAGGGAUGCCACUCCUUAUCUAGAAAGAAACAGAGUAGGUAGAGAUGCCAUAGAUUCAGCGGCAGCUUUAACAGACAUGGGAAAAUAUUUAUUCAGAGAGAGGAGGCUUCCUGUAUAUGAUGUAGCAGUCGCCAUAACAAAACUAGACAUGUGCAGAAAAUCAUACCCCAGUGAUGUUUGCAAUCGCGGAACGGCAGGAUUCGCUUACGUCGGUGGAGCAUGUGUGGUGAAUAAAAGACUGGAAAAAGUCAAUUCUGUUGCUAUUAUUGAAGACACUGGAGGAUUUAGCGGUAUAAUUGUAGCUGCCCACGAAGUUGGUCAUUUACUGGGUGCUGUACAUGAUGGAAGUCCACCACCAUCUUAUCUUGGUGGUCCAGGAGCUGAAAAAUGCCAAUGGACUGAUGGAUUUAUAAUGUCUGAUUUACGACACACAGAAAGAGGUUUCAGAUGGUCCUCUUGUAGUGUGGCAAGUUUCCACCAUUUUUUGAAUGGAGAUACAGCUACAUGUUUAUAUAAUGCUCCUCAUGAAGACGAGAGUUUACCAAGAGUGUUACCAGGGAAAUUAUUAACAUUAGAUGCGCAAUGUAGAAGGGACAGAGGGACUAGCGCAUGUUUCAAAGACGAUAGAGUUUGCGCUCAACUCUUUUGCUUCGAUUCGGGUAGUGGCUACUGUGUAGCCUAUAGACCGGCAGCAGAAGGCUCACCGUGCGGAGAUGGACAGUACUGCCUUAACGGAAAAUGUGUUGCAGAACACGAAAAUAUUAUCCCAGAUUAUUCACAAAAUACACCUUCUUAUGUAAGGAGUAAUUCAAGACCAUUGUAUCAAGAAUCUCAAGAGCAUCAAGAAGUUCACAGUGAAAAAAGACAUAAGUCUUCAGUACAAAAACCGCAUGAAAAUUAUGAGAAACAAUCUGAACUUUAUACUAGGAAAAAAUCUGUAAACCACAAUCAAUACCAAAACAUUCAGACCCAAACUCAAUAUAAAAGCCCCUAUAAUGUUCGAAAGGUUCACUCUACCGGAGUUCCUUCUGAAUAUAAUACCACUAGUAGUAUUUUUUUUUCUAAUUAUCCUCAAUUCUCUACAUCAAAAUCGCCUUAUAAUUUCGAUCUAUACACGAAAAGUACAUCAGAAUCACCUUCCCCUUUUACAACGAUUGGAACUACAAAUCACUUCAUAGGCAACUACUAUCUGCUUAGGAAGCAGACAACUAAAAAUCCAUACGAUUUUGCCAACUUUGGAAAAUCUACAAAAAAUCCAUAUGAGACCAAUAACUACAAUGAAAAUACAAAUAAUUACCUGAAGCGAUCUUACAGCGACGUUAAUUACUUCAGCGAUAACAAUACGGAGUCUUUAAGCAGUCAUGCUUAAUGAAUUAUAAUAGGUUGAACCAAUUUUAUGGAGAAUAUUUCUUCAUCCAACUGCCACUGCUUCUACAAAUAGUUGAAGAGACAAUAUCAG